AUGACCAAAAGGCGCGCAGACCACCUUCGCGAUAUUUCACCGAGAGAUCCCAACCACCCAUGGGUUGCACGAGGCUAUCGACCGGAUGUGGCUUAUGCCAACAGGAGUGCUCCCGUAGAAGACCCCUACGGUGAGAUCGCAUAUCAGCGCGCCUUCGCCGAGGCGGCUGAAUCCAACUCUUUUCGAGUACCUGAGCCGAUCCUGUAUCAUAAUUCUCCUUCGGCACGGGAGUAUAUAAGAAGGAGGGAUGAGCCCUUCUUCUCUGUCAAAUCUACAAAACCCACCAACAAAUCCACCAGCCAGCCUGCUACGCCCACUUCUGCCAAUACAGCGGCUUCCUCGCCAGCAAAGGUCUCUUCACCUAAAUAUGGUUCAGAUGCUGGACUUCCUCAUGGUAGAGCAGAUGCCGGUUCAAAGGCCGAGCCUGGUCCUCCGAGACCCAAUGCAUCCCCCAGCAACAAGAAUUUUCAGCAGCCGUCACCACGUGCAAUAAGACCUGCCGCCGAACAGACACCAUCUCACCUUGGCAACGGUCUACCUUGGACCUUGGAACCUAAGAUUGAAGCUCCAUCAGGUCCUUCUAGAAUGCUGCGAUGA